AUGUGUGUAUAAAAGAAGGGCCAGGGGCUCUGGGGCCACACAGAUCUUAGACAGCCUUGGCUGAACCAGAUGGACGGGAGGAGGAUGCCGCUCUGCGGACUCUGGUUGAUUCUCUGGAGCUCUUGUGCCUUCAGUCUCCCGACAGACACAGCCACCUUUGGACGGAUCUUGCUCAAGAAAAUGCCCUCCGUCCGGGAAAUCCUGAAGGAGCGCGGAGUGGACAUGACCAAGCUCAGCGCUGAAUGGGGUGAAUUCACCAAGAGGUCCUCCUUUGGCAACGGCACCUCCCCCGUGGUCCUCACCAACUACCUGGACACCCAGUACUAUGGCGAGAUUGGCAUUGGCACCCCAGCCCAGACCUUCAAAGUCAUCUUUGACACGGGCUCAGCCAACCUCUGGGUCCCCUCCACCAAGUGCAGCCCCCUCUACACUGCCUGUGAGAUCCACAGCCUCUAUGACUCCUCGGAAUCCUCCAGCUACAUGGAGAACGGGACCGAAUUCACGAUCCACUAUGGAUCAGGGAAGGUCAAAGGCUUUCUCAGCCAGGACAUAGUAACUGUGGGUGGUAUCACUGUGACACAGACAUUUGGAGAGGUCACCGAGCUGCCCCUGAUACCCUUCAUGCUGGCCAAGUUUGAUGGGGUUCUGGGCAUGGGCUUUCCUGCUCAGGCCGUCGGCGGGGUCACCCCGGUCUUUGACCACAUUCUCUCCCAGAGGGUGCUGAAGGAAGAAGUCUUUUCUGUCUACUACAGCAGGGACUCCCACCUGCUGGGGGGAGAAUUGGUGCUGGGGGGCAGUGACCCCCGGCAUUACCAAGGCAAUUUUCACUAUGUGAGCAUCAGCAAGACUGGCUCCUGGCAGAUCACAAUGAAGGGGGUAUCUGUGGGGUCUGCCACCUUGCUGUGUGCGGAGGGCUGCAUGGCAGUGGUGGACACUGGUGCAUCCUAUAUCUCGGGGCCUACGAGCUCUCUGAAGCUGAUCAUGCAAACCCUGGGAGCCAAGGAGCAGAGCACAGAUGAAUAUGUCGUGGACUGUAACCAGGUGCCCACCCUCCCGGACAUCUCCUUCCACCUGGGAGGCAGAGCUUACACACUCACCAGUCUGGACUACGUGCUACAGGAUCCCUACAGGACUGAUGACCUAUGCACAUUGGCUCUCCAUGGCCUGGACAUACCGCCACCCACUGGGCCUGUCUGGGUCCUGGGUGCCAGCUUCAUCCGCAAGUUCUACACCGAGUUCGAUCGGCAUAACAACCGCAUUGGCUUUGCCUUGGCCCGCUAACGCCCUCGGUCACCCAGUGAGCCUAGUUUCAGGCCGAGGCAAAGCUGGCGCUCCUGAGGGCCAUUUUGUCAGGGCUUGUCCCCUCUUCCCCCCGGGACACUGGACACAGCUCCUCAUGAGUGCUUGCCCCCUCGCCUGCACUCACCCUUCCCUGCUUUGAGGAAAGACAGAAUAAAGACUUCCUAUUU